GUGUGAGUCAGAAGAUGGCGCUGUUUCUUCAGUCUAACCCGACCGCAGAGGAUCGAUGAGGAGAAGAGAGAAGAGCCCCGGGUCCACACAUCACUGGAUGCGGCUGCGGUAUGUGGACAACAGACACACCUGAGACGUUUGCGGGUUCUUCAUGCUGACCGGUCCGGACUCUGACUGGAGCGCAUGACCCGCCGCGAUGGCCGGGGGACGAAGAGGACUCGUGGCUCCACAAAACACUUUUUUGGAGAAUAUUGUCCGCCGGUCUAACGUUUGGACAUUAUCACAUAGACACACAGAUACAAACUUUGUGCUGGGGAACGCUCAGAUCGUAGACUGGCCCAUCGUCUACAGCAACGAUGGCUUUUGUAAGCUGUCCGGGUACCAUCGCGCAGAGGUCAUGCAGAAAAGCAGCACUUGCAGCUUCAUGUUCGGAGAGCUCACAGACAAAGACACGUGUGAGAAAGUACGGCUGACUUUCGAGAACUAUGAGAUGAACUCGUUCGAGAUCUUGAUGUACAAGAAAAACCGAACACCGGUAUGGUUUUUUGUGAAAAUUGCACCUAUACGAAAUGAACAGGAGAAAGUUGUCCUCUUCCUGUGUACGUUUAGUGACAUCACAGCAUUCAAACAGCCAAUCGAGGACGACUCUUCAAAAGGUUGGGGAAAGUUUGCACGUUUGACCAGGGCUCUUACAAGCAGUAGAGGGGUCAUACAGCAACUCCAGCCUACCGUACACAAAGGAGAAAAUGUGCAUAAACACUCACGCCUUGCAGAGGUUCUUCAGCUGGGUUCGGAUAUCCUUCCCCAGUACAAACAAGAGACGCCCAAGACCCCCCCUCAUAUCAUUUUGCACUAUUGUGCCUUUAAGACGACCUGGGAUUGGGUCAUUCUUAUUCUCACUUUUUACACGGCCAUAAUGGUUCCUUACAACGUCUCAUUCAAAACGAAGCAGAACAACGUCCCCUGGCUGGUUGUGGAUAGCAUUGUGGAUGUGAUCUUUCUUGUUGACAUUGUGCUGAAUUUUCACACGACCUUCGUGGGACCGGCCGGCGAAGUGAUAUCCGACCCGAAACUCAUUCGCAUGAACUACUUGAAGACCUGGUUUGUGAUCGACCUGUUGUCCUGUUUGCCUUAUGAUGUCAUCAACGCCUUUGAGAAUGUGGAUGAGGGUAUCAGCAGUUUAUUUAGUUCACUGAAGGUGGUCCGACUGUUGCGUCUGGGCCGGGUGGCUCGUAAACUAGAUCACUACAUUGAAUAUGGAGCGGCUGUCUUGGUUCUCCUGGUUUGUGUGUUCGGACUGGCCGCCCAUUGGUUGGCCUGCAUAUGGUACAGCAUUGGAGACUAUGAGGUCAUCAAUGAGGAUAAUAACACGGUACGAACGGACAGUUGGCUUUAUAUGCUGGGCGAAAGCAUCGGGUCGCCCUACCGGUUUAACACCACCGGGACAGGAAGAUGGGAAGGUGGACCUACCAAGGAUUCGGUCUACAUCACGUCUCUAUACUUCACCAUGACCAGUCUGACCAGUAUCGGCUUUGGAAACAUUGCUCCCACCACAGAUGGAGAGAAGAUCUUCGCCGUGGCCAUGAUGAUGAUUGGGUCUCUCCUUUACGCCACCAUCUUCGGUAACGUGACGACUAUUUUCCAGCAGAUGUACGCCAACACUAACCGUUACCAUGAGAUGCUCAACAGCGUGCGGGAUUUCCUGAAGCUCUACCAGGUGCCCAAAGGACUGAGCGAGAGGGUUAUGGAUUACAUUGCCUCCACCUGGUCUAUGUCCCACGGGAUCGAUACUGAAAAGGUUUUGCAGAUUUGUCCGAAAGACAUGCGCGCCGAUAUUUGCGUUCACCUGAACAGGAAGGUUUUUAAGGAACAUCCUGCUUUCCGAUUGGCCAGUGACGGCUGUUUGCGAGCUCUGGCCAUGGAGUUUCAGACGAUCCACUGCGCUCCGGGUGAUCUUAUCUAUCAUGCAGGCGAGAGUGUGGACAGCCUCUGUUUUGUGGUGUCAGGGUCACUGGAGGUCAUACAAGACGACGAGGUGGUCGCCAUUUUGGGUAAAGGCGAUGUGUUCGGGGAUGUGUUCUGGAAGGAGGUGACGCUAGCACAAGCGUGCGCUAACGUCAGAGCUCUAACGUACUGCGACCUGCACGUGAUCAAGCGGGACGCGCUUCAGAAAGUUUUGGAGUUUUACACCCCCUUCUCCAACCACUUCUCCAGAAACCUGUUGCUUACGUACAACCUGCGCAAACGGCUUGUGUUCAGAAAGAUCAGUGAUGUGAAGCGUGAGGAAGAGGAGAGACUGAGGAGGAAGAACGAAGCCCCGCUGAAUCUCCCGCCCGAUCAUCCCGUCCGCCGUCUGUUCCAGCGUUUCCGCCAGCAGAAAGAAGCCCGACUCGCUGCGGGGCAAUCCAAUCCCAACGACCCUGAUCUCGAGAAGGGUCACAUUCACAACGAGGUCAUCAGUCAAGAUGUCGUCGCCACCACGAGCAUCGUCACGGUAACGGAAAGCCCAGCCACGCCCAUCCCUUCACACACGAGCAAAAACCACACCCUGGGUCUGUUCGACCAGGCGAAGCUCAGCGCCCCCACCCCAACCGCCCCUCGGUCGUCCGAGCCGCGCGCACGGGGUUGGGCCAGGUUCAGGGAGAGCGUUGCUAAGCCGGAAGGCUGGGGAAACGUUCCCAAAGCGGAAUCUAUGGAGACGCUUCCCGAGCGGAGCGGCUCCAGCAAGUCGGAGCCUAGCGGACUGAAAAAGACGGACUCGUGCGAUAGCGGCAUCACCAAAAGUGACCUACGGCUGGACGAGGGCGGAGCUCGGACGCCUGGAGACCACAGCCCGAUCCAGCCGGAUGGGAAGGCUCCCCUAAUCCCCCCAAUCCCGACUAUUCCCGAACAUACGCUUCACGCCUCGCUCCUCGAACUACGCAGUGAACUCAAAGAGGAGUUGACGGCCCUCGGGAACCGUAUGGUUGCCUUGGAGACGCAGGUCGCAGAGGUGUUGAGGUUGCUGAGGAGCAGAAAGACUUCAAGCUCUCCCGUCUCGCUCUUUCAGAUAUCGCGACCGACAUCACCAGAUACGGACAAGGAGGACAUCUUUCCUUGAAGAUAUACUCUUCUCAAAAAGCAGAAGGAAUGUGUUUCUGUAAGAGACACAUCCGUGCCAGCAUGACAUGUGUGUGAGAUAACGUCGUGUAUAGGAGAGGAAGAUGUCUUAUCCCAAGGCAUCUGCGAUACCAAAGUGGUGCUGUGUAAGCCGUCACGCAGCCACACUUUGUGUUGAUCUGCUCCCUGUUUUAGUCCUGAGGGGCUGACAGACAGAGACUUCUUGCCUCAGGGCCGACUCUGACUGAAGGUUGUCAUGGCGACGCACCGUCCCCAAAUGCAACUGCGGGCCCUUCAACAUCCCACUUAUGUAGCAAGUCUUCCUCUUUUUCUCUCCGUCUGUCUCUCUCAUACACACACGUCACGCUCCUGUCUCCGCUCUGCAUAUUUUAGACUGAGCAGACCAGUCUUUCUGGUAUUGAGAUCCAUUCUGCACCAUCCUCACAGAGCUUUGCAUCUUGCCCGAAUGUGUGGCGAUGCGGGCAGGUAUGGAUCUGAGCUGCUAGCCGAAAGAAUGGAGGAUCAGUCUGAAGAUGCAGAGUGUCCCAGGAAAUCUGAAUCCCCAGGUAGCUUCCAGGGAAUCAGUUUAAAUAAAUGUGUACAAUGACAAAUCAAAUAUCAUCCCCAGAGUUGUACACUUGAAGGUUUUCGCAGACACUAAUGAGAUCUGCAGGGGUUUUGAGGCGUAUUAUCAAAUCACUGUUAUGGACCCUGUACGUGAGGUACGUCAGGGCUUCGAUGUACCUCACAACACACAGCUAUCAUCAGAGGUCAGCAACCAAUAGGGUCAAAGGUGAAAUACAACUGUAGCUUGAUGCUUGGCUCUUUAAAGUGCAAUGCAUUGAGGAACGCUCUUGACCUGCGGGCUGACGCGUCUAUAAUGAAUAUCUUCAAACAGUAAGCAUCACUUAAGAGUUUACGAGUGACUUUUGGGGUCGCAGUGGCCAAGUUUUAUAACAGAGAGGAAAGAAUAUAUUACUGGUGGUGUUGUUGCUUUAUCGAUGAUUGGGUCUUCCAGAAAGCGCACAAACUUAUUGUCAUGGGCGCACUAUUGCUAUUACUGUAGCUUUGUUUUCUUAAAUGAAACCAUGAACACAUCAUCAAUGGUUAAAAUGAUCACAGUACAUGUAACGCACAGUUAUGUGCAAUUCUUCUCAUUACUGCACACAUGGAAAUACAUACAAAAUCUCAGGAAUGCUCAAGUCUGAUUGGUUGGAGGAAGUGAUGGUCACUAACCCCAGUCUCCACCAAAACUAAUACAUAUAUAUGUAAUCUUAUAGAUUGUAUGAAUGUGAGCUCAAAACUUGACUUUGUGCUGAUUGUAAACGAUGGGCUGCAGAAAGACAAACAGACACAGAUGGAGAGUCGUGAGCAUUAACAUAUUGUGUGAAAUGGAAAUGUGUUAGAUGAGUGGUUAAGCUCUGUUGUGUGAUGUUCUCAGGUUAGAAAGGUCAUUAUCAGGUCCACAGGAGAUGUGCUGAGGUUAGUAUCAUCACACUGUCACCUGAGAACACAACACCAACACGAGCAGAGGGAGAUUACUGAAAAAACACUCGCAUGAAUGUCAAAACUAUAGCUUUUAAAGUCAUAUCAAAGAUCAUAUCAAAUCACAUUUAUAUGUAUGACAAAAUAAAUAAAUAAAUAAAGAAAGAAAGAGAGAGAGAGAGAGAGAGACAGAAAAAAGAGAUAAAGAGAAAAGGAAGACAGAGAGAAUGAAAGAGAGACAAAGAAAAAAGGAAUGAGAGAAAAAAAUUAAGACAGAGGGAAAGAAAGAAGGAAUGAAAGGGAGACAAAAAGAAAGAAGGAACGAUAGACAUAAGAAAGCUAGAUGAAAGAAAUAAAAAAUGAAAUGAUAGACAUCAUAAAGAAUGAAAAAACAAAUAUAGACAUAAGAAUGAAAGAAAAAUAGACGUAAGAAUUAAAGAGUGAGAAAUGUCUAUAUUUCUUUCUUUCUCUCACUCUUUAAUUCUUAUGUCUAUUUUUUUUCUUUAUUUCUUAUGUAUAUUUUUCUUACUUUCUUAUGUCUACUUUUUCUUUCUAUGUCUAUUUCUUUCUUUCUUUCUUAUGUCUGUAUUUUUAUUUCAUUCUUUCUUAUGUCUAUCUUUCUAUUUUUCAUUCUUUUUGUCUCCCUGCCCUUCGUUCAUCUUUCUUUCUUUCUUAUGUCUACUUUUUUCUGUCUUAUGUCUAUUUCUUUCUUUCUUUCUUAUGUCUGUAUUUUUUAUUUCAUUCUUUUUUAUGUCUAUCUUUCUAUUUUUCAUUCUUUCUUUUUGUCUCCCUGUCCUUCCUUCAUCUUUCUUUCUUAUGUCUUUUUAUAUAUCUUAUAAACAUAAGAAAGAAAUAUAGACAUAAGAAAGAAAGAUAGACAUAAAAAGGAAAGAAAGAAAAUAGACAAAGAAAUAUAGACAUAAGAAAGAAAGAUAGACAUAAGAAAGAAUGAAAGAUAGACAUAAGAACAAAAAUAGACAUAAAAAAGAAAGAACGAUAGACAUAAAAAAGAAUGAUAGAAAAAAGAAAGAAAGAAAGAUAGACAUAAAGAAAGAAAGAACAUAGACAUAAGAAAGAAAGACAGAUAGACAUAUGAAAGAAUGAACGAUAGACAUAAGAAAGAAUGAAAGAUAGACAUAAGAAAGAACAAAAAUAGACAUAAAAAAGAAAGAACGAUAGACAUAAAAAAGAAAGAACAAUAGAAAAAAGAAAGAAAGAUAGACAUAAAGAAAGAAAGAACAUAGACAUAAGAAAGAAAGACAGAUAAACAUAAAAAAGAAAGAACGAUAGACAUAAAAAAGAAAGAACAAUAGAAAAAAUAAAGAAAGAUAGACAUAAAGAAAGAAAGAACAUAGACAUAAGAAAGAAUGAAAGAUAGACAUAAGAAAGAAAGAUAGACAUAAAGAACAUAGACAUAAGAAAGAAUGAAAGAUAGACGUAAGAAAGAAUGAAAGAUAGACAUAAAAAAGAAUGAAAGAUAGACAUAAGAAAGAAUGAACGAUAGACAUAAGAAAGAAUGAAAGAUAGACAAAAGAAAGAAUGAAAGAUAGACAUAAGAAAGAAUGAACGAUAGACAUAAGAAAGAAUGAAAGAUAGACAAAAGAAAGAAUGAAAGAUAGACAUAGGAAGGAAUGAACGAUAGACAUAAGAAAGAAAGAUAGACACAAGAAAUGUAGACAUAUUUAAUUCUUUCUUAUGUCUAUCUUUCGUUCUUUUUUCUUUCAUAUGUCUAUCUUUCUUUCUUAUGUCUAUUUUCUUUUUUCUUUUGUCUACCUUUUUUCUUCCAUUAUUUCUUAUAUCUUUGUCUCUUCUCUGACUCUUUUCCCUUUUACUCUUUCUUUCUUUCUUUUUCCAUUUCUUCUUAUGUCUAUAUUUUUAAGAAAGAAAGAAAGAAAAAUAGACGUAAAGAGAAAAGAAAAAAGAAAGAAAGAAUAAAAAGAAAAAGAUAUAAGAAAUAAUGGAAGAAAAAAGAUAGACAAAAGAAAGAAUGAAAGGAAGAAAUAUAGACAGAAAGAAUGAAAGAAAGAUAGAUAUUUGAAAGAAACAAAUACAGAAGGAAAUAGUGAGAGAAAGAUAGAUAUUUGAAAGAAUGACAGAAAGAAAGAUAGACAAAAGAAAAAAUAAAAGAAAGACAGACAGACAUGAAGCUAUUAGUGAAGCAUCAAGCUUCUCAUUAUUCUCCCUAAAUGAUUUAUUUCUGUUGUAAAAUACAAAAUCUUGUCACAGUCUAAAGAACUUCCUCAGUUUCACCAGGAAUAAAAAACCUGAUACCCCUGAGAGAUGAUUAUCUCCAUUCUGUCAGCAGAACACCGCUGAUGAAAUGAUCAAAUUCCCAUUAAAUGUUGUUUUUGCAUCACAGCAUGUUUUCUAAACAGUGCCAUCCUAAUUAUGUUUAAUAUUAUGGAUCAUUUGCUUACUCGAAUACUUCAAAUACUGAGCAAAUAUUGAAAACGGUUCCCCGUUCGUACCCGGAGGCAUAACUUUAUUUUUUAUUAAUCUUUAACAGAGCAACCAAGAAUUGAUUUUAAAUAAGACGUAUGAAUGUUACAAUAACAUUAAUAACAAUACUGCCGCGCAAACUCAUGUCAACUGGAAUGUAAUGGCUGAUUCUUAAGCAAUAAACAUUGCUGCUGUAUUGCCACCGAUUAUUCCUGUCACGCUUCUCCGAGCCCAAUAUGACAUUUAAUCUGAAAAACAUGAUGUAAUAACAACAUUACGGAAAAACAAGCGGCCACUUGCAGCCCGUAUGUCACUGCAUGCCUCUGCAGCACACAGCAAUAACAGUUAUAGUCAAAAUACAACUAAAGACGACGCACUUUUCCCAUAGAGUAAGACAGCUAAAAAGGAUUGUACAGUAGCUAGAAUAGCUUAGGCAGCGUGAGAUGUACAGCCCGCAUGUUUUACUUCAGGACUUCUGAACUCUCUGCAGGUAUUUGUUACCAUCCGACGAUUUGAACGGCAUGGCUUGAUUUGCACUUAAAAUAAGGUUAAGACAUGCAUGGUCAAUAAAAGAAAAACUAAAUUACCAUUUAAAAGAAAGUACUCCUCUACUGCACGAGUAUAUAAUCUCUUGCCUCUGACCCCGUACAGAGCUAAUGGAUUCGCUCUUUGUAGCAGACCUGUCUGAUUUCUGGUGGGCGAGUCUGAAUUUGCAUUUAGUAUGGGAAAAUUAAGCUUCAAUAAUAUUAGACACAGAUACGGUGUCGAAACUUUCUAAAGAGUGGAGAACCAAAGUAUGAUGUCAUCAUAUGUAAAUUUUUAUUUAUUUAUUUCAAAAUGUAAACUGAAAUUUUGUCAUUAUUAGUUGCCUCCAUGUUGAUCUAAAUCUGAAUGAAUUUUUCUAAACACAAAUCAAGACAAUAAAAGCACAUAAAGACAUUUAAAUUAGGGAUGCACCAAUGUAUCGGCCGAUAAUCUGUAAAUAUCGGUAGGUAUCGGUUGAGCAAUCUGCCAUUUUUCUCACUAUGGGACAGAAAAACGUGGAUGGAUACUGUGGGACUAUUCUGAAUUAAGGGAUUAUUCAGAGUGUCAUCUGCCGAUACCGAUUAAUACCGAUAUAUCGGCACAGAUUUUUUUGUAUCGGUACAUCCUUACUUUAAAUCUUAAACUUUUGCCUGUUCCACAUGGCUUCAACAUUAAAAUACAGCACACAAAAUGCAUAAACUAAUAUGUUAGCUAUAAACUCUUUAUAAACAUCCUUACAGAAAGAAAGUCAUACAGGUUUGAAGCGACAUGAAGCGACACUUUGGGUGAAUUAUUUAUUUACCAACAUGAUUACAGACUAGUUACAAUAAAAUAAAAAACUUGUCAUUGGUUUUAUUUAAAGCCUAAACACACAGUCACGCACACAUCAUAUCAGUUUGUGUGUUUAGGCGUGUAUGUAUAUGUAUGAAUAUCAAGUUGUACAGUACAGUACAGUAUUUUGGGAAAGAAGGAAUGAGUUUAUUUUUGAAAUUCUUAACACUGAUACUGAACUUAAAGUGAGGCGUGCUGUUAUACAUCACACUGCAGGGUCUGUAUGAACCAGAGGUCCCACUAUGGGUCGAACAACCCUAAUUAAAAACUUUAAGACUGCAGUGUUUUGAAGAGAGCAUGGUCAUUAUUCACUGACUUAAACAUGGAUAUUUCAACUACUGUAAAGCACAAAGUUUGUAAAGUUGCUGUAAAAUAUUAUUUAUGAUAAUAAACUAUUUUAUAUACAA